AUGAAUCGCCAUCAGGCCGAAGGAACUGAAGUGCUUGAGGAGCUUGAGACAAUCACUCUGCAGCCAAUAGGUCGUGGUGUUCAUGAUCUUGAGCCGUUGGCCUCCUCAACUAUUCCUAGAUCCACCAGAGUGACGACGCCGCUUGAAUGCUCAGACAGUUGGAGGCGAGUGGCUCGGUUAUGUCAGCACUUUACUCAGGCGAAGACCUGGACUGGAUCUUUUAUUAUCGACUGA